AUGGAGACUUUUCGGGACACCGCUUUUGGAAAGCUGGUUCGUCUCUCCAGUCGGUAUAGAUGGAUGCAAUAUCCGGAAGAGCAGGAUGGCUCAAUUUGGCCUGAAUACCUCAAGCCAGAGACCGAGACGAAAGACGAAGAAGCGCCUACCCCCGUCACUGAAAAUGAGAACCAGGAGAAUUUAGAGGCAUACGGUCUAUAUACCGUUAUGUCUCAGGUAACUUCGACGCGCUCGCGGCGCAUGUCCUGUGCAUCUACCCUUCAUGAUAGACCUACGAGUAAUUCCCAGGCUACACAGCCACUCGUCAUCAGUUGGCGGGGGCCCGAUGAUCCAGAAAACCCCCAGAACUGGAGUACCAAGAAAAAGUUUCUUGUCAGUACUCAGAUUUGGUUGCUCACUUUUGCCAUUUACGUUGGUUCUGCAAUAUAUACGCCUGGAAUCCCGGGCGUUACAGAUCAAUUCGGCGUUAGCAGCGUUGCUGCCACCCUUGGCUUAACCCUGUUCAUUCCUAUGAUUGGUCGAAGCCCAACAUACGUCUUGACGUUAUUCGUAUUUGUUUUCUUUCAAUUCGGCGUGAUCUACGCCAAAAAUUUCGGUAUGCUUCUGGCAUUCCGUUUUAUCACCGGAUUUGUGGGAUCUCCUGCAUUAGCGACCGGUGCUGCCUCGAUGGGUGAUAUAUGGAGUCCUCGGAUUCGCGACUAUAUGAUCGCAGUCUGGGGUAUGUUUGCUAUCUCCGCCCCCGUGUUGGGUCCAAUGCUUGGAGGGUUCGCAGCGUCCGCCAAAGGGUGGACGUGGACUAUUUGGCAGCUUCUCUGGGUCUCGGCGUUUACUUUCGUUCUUUUGUUUUUGUUCUUACCCGAGACCUUUGCGCCAAAUAUUCUUGCUCGGCGAGCACGUCGGGUACGCCGCAUCACGGGAAAUUCGCAGUAUAUGUCUGAGUCUGAAAUCGAGAUCAAAGAAGUCAAGCCGAUGGAUGUUCUUUUCGAAUCUCUCGUCAGACCAUUCCAGCUUUGCUUCCUGGAGCCAAUUGUGCUUCUGCUUAAUCUCUAUAUUGCUCUCAUAUACGGUAUCCUUUACAUUUGGUUCGAGGCAUUUCCCAUCGUUUUCGAAGAAACACAUGGAUUCAACUCCGGCGAGAGCGGUCUUGCUUUUCUGGGCAUCCUUGUUUCAACCUGUUGUAUCACGAUCCCGGGUUACUUUUACUGGAAGUACCGCUGGCAGUCGCAGUAUUUCGAUGAAGAUGGGAAUGUUGCCCCCGAGAUGCAAAUGCCCCCUGCCUGUGUAGGUGCCUUCGCCCUCCCCAUCUCGUUAUUCUGGUUUGGCUGGACCGGGAACUUCGAAAGUGUUCACUGGAUCGUACCGAUAAUUGCCUCGAUGCUUUUUGCUGUGGGUGGCUGUCUGAUCUUCAAUUGUAUUUUCUGUUACCUAGCCCAUGCUUAUCCGCGAUAUGCGGCUUCGGUAUUGGCUGGGAACGACUUCCUGAGAUCCUCGUUUGGUGCAGGCUUUCCUCUCUUUGCUUCAGCUAUGUUUCACAAUCUUGGGGUUGGAUGGGCAUGCACUCUUCUUGGCUGCUUAACCAUUCUUUUUGUUCCAUUUCCUUUCAUUCUUGUGUGGCGAGGUCGGAGGAUUCGGUUGGCGAGUAAAUAUGCGAGACAUGAUAUCUAG